AAAGGGACCACAUCACGCACAUGACUCGCUUAUGACAAAACGACCAGAGAACGGGUUGUGAAACCAAGUGGAAGAAAUCUACUGUAUCCUUUGUUAUAAUGAAUAAGUUCUGGUAGCAAGGCUGCGAGGAGGCUUUGGAAGCCCCCUUUUCACGGGUAGCGCUCCGGGCGAUGAUGUGACAUAACAACCGCACAUGGACUGGACUAGACUGGACACAACCAUUCUUAUGCAGCCAAAGACAAUAUGUCUUAUUGUAGGUCUGCUAUAUGAAAUAUGCGUGCUGGCAAGAUCAGAUAAGCAAUGCAAACGGACAAUGUAGUCACAAAAAAAUAAUGCUCAUGCAGCGUGAUAAGAGUGAACAUGGCGGAGACAGUGAGGGUGCAGGAAGACUGCAGCUCCGCUCCGUCUCCGGCGACUCACUCCUUUGACUCCGGAGAUUACGAGUGCAAAAUAUGCUUCAACUACUUCGACUUGGACCGUCACAUCCCCAAGCUUUUGAGCUGCUCCCACACCUUUUGCCAGGAGUGCCUCGGAAUGUUACACUCCCGGGAGGGUCGAGGAUGGAGAGUCAGCUGUCCCGUGUGUCGCCAGCGCACUCCGGUGCGGGAACACCGGGUUCAAAACCUCCCCGACAACACCGCGCUGGCUCAAGCUCUCCCUCUGGAAAAAUACCAGUACUACUGCGACAUCUCUUCCAACGCAGAGGGACAACCCGCCGCUCCUCCCGGAUCCCCCCAGGACACCCGAGACUGCUGCGAGACCUGCAAACAUGUUGCGUUCACCACGGGCUGCGUGUGCGCCAUUUUCUCCUUCCUCUCCAUGGUGGUGCUCUUGUUUCUGGGCCUCAUCUUCGUGCACAACUUCAACCACAGAGCGUCGCACGUCGGCUCGGUUUGUUUGUCCGUAGCCAGUGUCCUUGCUCUGUUCACACUCAUUAUAACUUGGCUGACGUGCACGCUGAAGUAUCGAACGGAGACUGAAGCCUUCACAUCUGUUAUGUAAUCUAAUGUAAUCCUGAGUAAAUGUGGGAUUUUAGAGACAUCAUUUAGCCGGUUGAGGAUGUGCAAAAUCGCCUCAGUGUGCUUCUAAACUUAUUUGAGUAGUAUAAGUCAGCAUUUGUGGAAAAAUAAGGAAUUGUGAGUUUACAGUGCAUUUUGUGAAACUAAACUGUGAUUAUGUAAUAGCAGGACUAUCUGUACCACUUCCACUCCUAUAAACAUAACAUUUUGUGCUACAUGCAGAAUAGAAAGAAUGUUCAAAUAAACCACAUUUGAAACCGACAGAAGGCUAUAUCCAUUUAUUAGAUUAUACAAUAACUACAAUAAGCUUAAGUAGGGUGAAACAUAAUA